GAUGUUGUUUGAGUUCAUCCUUUGGAUUUCUCCAGAGGGAGAAAUGGCGGAGAUCUUCACGAAGAGGGGAAAUGGCCUGAAAUUGUACCAGAGGAGGUUGAGAUGGCACGUUGGGAAGAAUUUCUUCUCAGAAGGAGCGGUGAGGCAGUGGCACUGGCUGCCCGUGGAGGCGGUAGAAUCACCGCCGCCGUCGGGGCUCAAGAACCGCGUUCAUGCGGCACUGAGACGCAAUGAGCUGAGGCGGGGCGCCGCCCGCAGGCCACGCCGGGGCUCGGAACUACAUUUCCCAGCGCGCCCUGCGGCGCGGCGGAGGCUAUAAAAGGCGGCGGCGCGGCACCGCUCGGUUUACACGCCGGCUGUCAGGUGCGGGCGGAGUAGCCGCCAGGGUCGGUUAGCGCGCAGGUCGGCAGGUGAUUCUCGGGCCGCCCCGCCAUGGGACCGCAGGACCCGGUGCUGGAGGAGCUGAAGCGGCGGGCGUGCGAGAGCGUGGAGCUGAACGCGGCGCGGCUGGGCGAGCUGAGCCGCAGCAUCUGGCGGCGGCCCGAGCUGGCCUACCAGGAGCACCACGCGCACGACGCCAUGACCGGCUUCUUCUCCGGCGGGGAGCUGCCGGGCGCCGCCUGGGCCGUGCGGCCCCGCUACAAGCUGGACACGGCCUUCCGCGCCGAGUGGGGCACGGCCGACCCCCCGCGGGGCCCCCGCCCGCUCCGCGUCGCCUUCCUGUGCGAGUACGACGCGCUGCCCGGCAUCGGCCACGCGUGCGGCCACAACCUCAUCGCCGAGGUAGGGGCGGCCGCCGCGCUGGGUCUCAAGGCCGCCCUGGAGAGCCUGCCGCAGCCCGCGCCCGUCGCCGUGCAGGUGACGGUGCUGGGGACCCCCGCCGAGGAGCAGGGAGGAGGCAAGAUCGACCUGAUCAACGCCGGGGCGUUUGACGGCUUGGACGUGGUCUUCAUGGCUCACCCCUCGCAGGAGAACGCGGCUUAUCUGCCCGAUGUGGCUGAGCACGACGUGACUGUGAAAUACUUUGGAAAAGCUUCUCAUGCUGCUGCUUAUCCUUGGGAAGGAGUUAAUGCAUUAGAUGCUGCUGUUCUUGCAUACAACAAUCUGUCUGUUUUAAGACAGCAAAUGAAACCCACCUGGAGAGUUCAUGGUGUUAUAAAAAAUGGUGGUGUGAAACCUAAUAUCAUUCCUUCUUACACUGAACUGGAGUUUUACUUGCGUGCCCCUUCAAUGAAAGAUCUUUCUGUUCUGACAGAGAAGGUUGAGGACUGCUUCAAAGCCGCAGCACUGGCCACAGGAUGCAAAGUGGAAAUAAAAGGGGGUAAAAAUGAUUACUACAAUGUGCUUCCAAAUAAAAGCCUGCAGAAGAUUUACAAGGAGAAUGGAAAGAAGCUUGGAAUAGAAUUUAUAUCAGAAGACUGCAUUCUGAAUGGUUUGUCAGGUUCCACAGAUUUUGGAAAUGUUACCUUUGUAGUCCCUGGGCUUCAUCCUUAUUUUUAUAUUGGCUCUGAUGCUUUGAAUCAUACUGAGCAAUACACAGAAGCUGCAGGGUCACAAAAUGCCCAGUUCUAUGCUUUGCGCACAGCAAAAGCUUUGGCUAUGACAGCAUUGGAUGUCAUUUUCAAUCCAGAUCUACUAGAACAAGUUAGAGAAGACUUCAGACAAAUGAAGCUAAAAGAAGAGGGACAACUAAAUCAAGCAGAAACUGACAGAAAGCCAGGUGCUGGUGUAGGAGCGUGUGCCUCACGCUAAACCUUAUUACACCUCUCUUAAUAGGGUUGAUUCAAUGGGGACACUUUGAAUGUCAGUCAGGCCUGGGGUAGACAGCUGAAGAAACAAUGACUUGAGGAGAAUCAAAUAAUAACAUUGCUUUUAAAAAUGCACACUUUCCUGUAGCUGUAAUGUUUGCUGUAAUCAGUAUGGUAGUGAAUUUCAGAGAGACCUCAGAUAUGUUGUCUGCCAGUUACAGAGUUAAAUAGUAGCAUUUAGAUCUCUUAAGUGAUUCUCUUUUGCUAUUGAAAAAUCCCUUAUGGAACAUACAGCACUUACAUGGGAACGUCUGAAAUAAGCAUUAUUCACUCUGAUCACAGGCUGAUUCUGACCUACAAGGCCAGUUACCUUGUCUUGGAGCAAGGCAAACUUAAAACCUGAGAUGAUUUCACUGGAGGGAAGGAUAAUAUAUUUGGAAGCAGGCCUGUUUUUGAUGGUAGUAGCUUCUAGCAGUGGAAGAGAACUGUUUCUAUAGUGACAAGGUCUGUUAAGUUUGACUGUCCUGAAAUGUAUUGACCAUCCUUCUGAUAAAUUUUAGAGGUGUUGUUUAGUCCUCCAAAAAAAAAAAA